UCCGCCCCUCGCUACGUCAUCGCUCUGAGCCAGCUCUCCGUUCCCCGCGCGGGCGCCGCCCGAGACCGUGGGACACCCACCCCGGGUUACCGCCCCCUCAGGAGCCACCAUGUUGGUGAUACCCCCCGGACUGAGCGAGGAGGAGGAGGCUCUGCAGAAGAAAUUCAACAAACUCAAGAAAAAGAAAAAGGCAUUGCUGGCUCUGAAGAAGCAAAGUAGUAGCAGCACAGCCAGCCAAGGCGGUGUGAAACGCUCACUGUCAGAGCAGCCUGUGGUGGACACAGCCACAGCAACAGAGCAGGCAAAGCAGCUGGUGAAGUCAGGAGCCAUCAGUGCCAUCAAAGCCGAGACCAAGAACUCGGGCUUCAAACGUUCUCGAACCCUAGAGGGGAAGUUAAAGGAUCCUGAGAAGGGGCCAGUCCCCACUUUCCAGCCGUUCCAAAGGAGCAUAUCUGCCGAUGACGAUCUGCAGGAGUCAUCCAGACGCCCCCAGAGGAAAUCUCUGUAUGAGAGUUUUGUGUCUUCCAGUGAUCGGCUUCGGGAACUGGGGCCAGAUGGGGAAGAGGCAGAGGGCCCAGGGGCUGGUGAUGGUCCCCCUCGAAGCUUUGACUGGGGCUUUGAAGAACGUGGUGGUACCCGCUCCUCAGCCUCUCCUCCCCGAAGCCGCAGCCGGGACCACAGUCGUGAGCGGAACCGGGACAGAGACCGAGAUCGGGAACGGGAUCGAGACCGUGAUCGGGAACGGGAUCGAGACCGUGAUCGGGACAGGGACCGUGAUCGGGACAGGGACCGCGAUCGGGAAAGGGACCGCGAUCGGGACAGGGACCGUGAUCGAGAACGAGAGGGCCCUUUCCGCAGGUCGGAUUCGUUUCCUGAACGCAGGGCCCCUCGGAAGGGGAAUACUCUCUAUGUAUAUGGAGAGGACAUGACGCCCACCCUCCUCCGUGGGGCCUUCGCUCCCUUUGGAAACAUCAUUGACCUCUCCAUGGACCCACCCAGAAACUGUGCCUUCGUCACCUAUGAAAAGAUGGAGUCAGCAGAUCAGGCCGUCGCUGAGCUCAAUGGGACCCAGGUGGAGUCCGUACAGCUCAAAGUCAGCAUUGCCCGCAAACAGCCCAUGCUGGACGCUGCCACUGGCAAGUCUGUCUGGGGCUCCCUCGCUGUCCAGAACAGCCCUAAGGGUUGCCACCGGGACAAGAGGACCCAGAUUGUCUACAGCGAUGAUGUCUACAAGGAAAACCUUGUGGAUGGCUUCUAGGGAAUGGAGCUGGAUUCCGUGUGCCUCAUCUGCGUCAGCACUGGUCUCAGUAAAACACUGAGGUGGAAGCUCACACAUCUUCCUCAGCCUCUGGUUUUUCAGCACUUGGGAUGGGGCUUGAGCCUUUAAAAACGGCUGUUAGAUUUUAUCUCAGUUGUAACACAUGGCCAGUGCACGUUCCCCUCUCCCUUCCCCCAAAAGGAUCUUGAACACA